GAAAAGAAGGACGGACCGGUGUACAAGUUUUAUGAGACCAUCCGAGAUUACGGCGAGGAAAUCAUGAGCACCAUAAGCCAUUUGCGUGACGUCACGCUGUUUGCUCCAAGUAACGCGGCACUCGAGGAGUCUGGCGUGAAAAAAAUCCUGCAGGACAAGGAUCGCGUCAAGGAGAUCCUGAAUCUGCACUACGUCAAGGAGCGGCUGCCUCUCGAUAAGAUCAAGAACAAAAGCGUCAGCCAGGUACCCACCGCAGCAGACAGGAAGAAACUGUAUUUCAACGUGGUCCAGGAAGCCAGCGGAAACCAGGUAGUAACUGUCGAAGGUGGUGGCGUGAAUGCAACAGUGAUUACGGCAAAUAUUGCUGCUACGAAUGGAUUAAUCCAUAUCAUCGAUAGGGUUCUUGGUGUUCCAUACACCACCGUGCUGGAGAAACUUAAAACCGACCCUAUGCUCAACUCCACUUACUUCUUGGGACAACGACAGGGAUUCAACGACCAAUUGAACGACACGACGAAGCGAUUUACUUACUUCGCGCCACGUGACCAUGCCUGGAACACAGCAGCGCUCCUUAACCCGUCUGCCUCGAAGAAAAUCUUCAUGCCCGAAUUCAGUUACCACACAAAACAAAUUUUGGAACGACAUCUCGUGAUAGCAGACGAGGCGUAUACGAUGGCCAAGCUAAAGGAGAUGAAGCCUAACGACACCAUCGUACUUCCUGCGGCUAGAGAUAGUCUGAAGCUUCGCAUCCGGGAGUACAGUGAAAAUGAGAAGUACGACGAAAACGCGAUCCGUCCAGAAACUUUCGGUUACCAGAUCGAGUGGAAGGGCAAAUGGAUCCGAGUGUUCCGUCCAGACGUCGAAUGCACCAACGGCAUCAUUCAUGUGAUCGAUACGGUGUUGAUGAAGGAAAGCGACGUUUGGGUGACCGGAACAGCGUCACUAACCAGCCUGGCACCGCAUUUAAUUAUGAUCCUGGUAGCCAAGUGGCUACUUUAA